CGUAGAUUUGGGUUGUUUAACUCAUUAUAACAUUGACGUUAUUCCUAUCAGACAACACAAAGUUAAACUUCAUGUAAAGCUAUCGCUUGAUGAAAAACAAAACACACUUCUGACUAGCAAUAUCUAAUUACAUCAUCAUCUGCCCCAAAAUGGUGGCAAGUGAAAUUUUGCAUAACGACUGCACGAUAACUCCCUUUUUUUUUACUCUUUCAGAUAAUCGAUUUUGACACCACACCAUGGCUGAUGCACCAAAGAAAAGCAAAGGCAAACUCAUAUUCAAGGGUGAUAAAGAACACAAAAAGAAAAAGAGAAAGCGACCUGAAGCGAAAGAUCAAGGUCACGAAGGUGGCGGCUCGGACGAAGGCUGGGUACGUGCCGAUGAACUCGAUGAUCUCGUUGGACCACUCUUUAUUACACACCCAAGCGAUCCACCCAUUUGUUUUACUGUUGACGAUGACGAUCGACUCUUGGCUUAUCCGAUACCAGAACAAAGUCAAACCGAACCACUUAUUGUCAACCAAGUAUUUGUGGGUGCGCGACUGAUAGGAACAUCCAAUACGUUCACGUUUAAAUCCAGUAAUGGCAAAUACUUGAGCAGCGACAAAUUUGGUGUGGUGUCGGCAGAUCGUGAAGCUAUCAGUGGAUUGGAGGAAUGGGAACCUACCCUCACAGAAGCUGGCUUUGCGUUCAAGAAUACACAUGGCAAAUUUUUGAUGGCGGAUGAAAUUGCUGGAGGAGGCUUUAAAAUUCGAGCGGAUUCCGAGGAUGUGGGAUUCUGCGAAACGUUCCGUAUCUAUUGUCAGGCACGAUUCAAACUCAAGGCAAAGCGCGACAAGAAGAAAUCGAAAAAAGAGGGUUCCUCUACCAACGAGUUGGAGAAUGUUAAACGAUAUCAAUCCUGGGGAGGUGGCCGUCUACACAUGUCACGCGAGGAUAAACGAAAACUGAAAGAGGCCCGAGAAGAAGGACGUGUUGCCGAAGCUAUGCUGGAUCGUAGAGCCAAGGUCAAAUCUGAUCGAUACUGUAAAUAAAAGAUUUGUGGAACGAAAACGAAAGGAUUGAACAAAAACCUUAAAGUUUACCGGGCAAUUUCUGGUG